UUUUGAAACGCUGUUUAUACUUUCGGUUUAGUUCUGCUGCGGAAGGCAAAUCGGGAGCGGUCCGGACUUCGAAUCUCCAGCGGUGAAGGUCGCGAACAUGAAGUUCGUGCCGGUGUUAGCACUUAUGGCGGCUCUUUACUGGACCGCGGACUCCAAGUUUCAAUCCCCGACGGUCCAGGUGUACAGCUACAAGCCGGGCCAGUACGGCAUGCCCAAUUCCCUCAUCUGCCACGUGAGCCAAUUCCACCCGCCCGACAUCACCGUCAAACUGUUCAAGAACGGGCGGGAGCUGCCGGACGCCGCUGAGAGCGACCUGAGCUUCGAAAAGAACUGGCAAUUCCAUCUCACCAAGCACGCGCCCUUCACACCCAACAAGGAGGACAAGUACUAUUGCCAAGUCAUUCAUGCGUCGACUCCUUCGAAGAACAUCGACUGGGAGCCCAACAUGUAAGCAGGCACCAGCAAAGUGUUCUUGCCACGAUUGCAACAGAGAUGGAUUUAUCACUUCUUUCACCAAUCUCCCGCAUCUUCUUCCGGAUUCAGAGUGACCAACGGCUUCAACGUUACAACUGUAUCGCGUAACAUGCUUCAUUAAUCCAACUUUGAGAAAAUUUUGCUGUCAUUUAUGAGUGAUAUCACUCUGGAGUUAUUCAUUGUAGUCAUCAAGGCUUUGGGUUCUGUUAGUUGCACUUUUGUCAAUUUCGGGCAACAAUGAGUUUUUUUGCUGAAUCAGUAGUUUGUAACUUUUUGUAUUUCACUGAAUAAAUGCCUCUUAAAUUUG